AUGAUUCUAUUCACCCUUGUUCUAAUUGCCACGACGUGGCAAAUAGCUCUUGGUACUUCAGAUGCCUGCUCAAGCAGUGUAACUAUUUCCAAUCAAAGUGAUGCCGACAAUCUGACAAGUUGUGACACCUUCGAAGGGAGUAUCACAGUCUCUUCUUCGGCGACUGGCGCAAUUACACUUAACAAUGUGGAAGAGAUCAAGGGUUCAUUGAUUGCAGAAGGUGUAUCGGGACUCACGAAGCUCAUCGCUCCUGAUUUGGACACUAUUGAAGGAACAUUAACUAUUAGCAACCUCGCUUCAUUUGAUACCCUCACUUUGAGUACGCUAUCACGCGUGUCUUCGGGUAUGACCAUUGCAGACAACCCAAAACUGAAAGCUAUUGGGUUUGCAGAGCUGGAGGAAAUUGAUGGGUUUUUGGAAAUGACAGGCUCAUUUACAAGCGUGGCGCUUCCUGCACUCAAUCAAGCCAAAGGACAAACAGCAAUUCAAGGAGCCAGCUCUAUGUCAUGCAGCAGCUUGAACCGAUUACAAUCCCAGGGUGUUUUCCAAGGGAGCUAUUCGUGCACCACGGCCUCAGCAGGUCUCAGUGGAGGAGCCAAGGGCGGGAUCGCAGUCGGCGCGAUUUUGGGUGUUAUUCUGCUUCUUUUGGCUCUAUGGUUCGUGAUUCGGCGGCGGCAAAAACGAAGAUCUGGGUAUGCUGAGCCGACUGGUUCGUUUGCAUCAGCUCCCAUACAAGUCGAAAAGGCUUCACCUCCCGACAAACACGUAUCAGCAGAAAGUGAGCCGCAGAAUAUUAUGCCUCGAAAACCAGUGGGAUCGGCCAUACUUUUGGACAGCCAAUCAAUCCAUGAGGCUCCUAUAGCGGCCACGCCUGUCCACGAAUGUCACGAAUUGGAUGCGGGGCUAGUCUUUAGCUCUCAUCAGCGACCAAUAUACACCGAGCAGGACAAAACUAAGGACCCAGUGACGAAAGAAAAUGAGUUAGGAGAACAGGAGAAUGGUCAUUCAAGACGGUCAUGA